UCCAUUUCAUCCACACGGCCUGGACUGUGAAGCCCGAUUGAUCCUGCCACAGGUGGCUGCACAGCUAUCGGCUACUCAAUAAUGCAUUGACUCAAGCUCAGGAGUGAAAAGGAAGGGGAAAGUGUGCGAGCCUCUGAUGCUCUCAAUAGGCGGAUGACUGUCAAGAGAAAGCAGGCGAUUACAUCUGCAUAACACAGUGACUUCAGGACACGUGGAGGUGAAAACAGUGAACAGAUGUUGAAGAGAAAAAGAAAAAUGGCUGCUGACAAACUGACACUGGGGCGAGGACCAUAAGAAGCUUGGCAAAGCCAGACCACAGAAAGACUAGUAAACCAAAGCAGCGGACUUUGAAGACCAAAAGAAGGACAAGAACAAAAUAGGAUCUUGCCAAAGAGACAACUCUAGUAGUUCAAGAUUGGUAAUCACUCAGUAGAAGCAGUGAGUCUAAAGAAGUGUUGUCAUCAUGGUGAACACUGGCAUGCAGCUGAUCAGCUUCACCUGCGCGGUGACCGGCUGGAUCAUGGCGAUCGCCGUCACGGCCUUGCCUCAGUGGAAGGUCUCGGCCUUCAUUGGUAGCAACAUCCUGACCUCAGAGAUCAAGUGGGAAGGCAUCUGGAUGAACUGCAUCUACCAGACCACCGGUCACAUGCAGUGCAAGACAUAUGACUCCAUGCUGGCCUUGCCUCCGGACAUCCAGGCGGCCCGGGCCCUCAUGUGUUUGGCCAUCUUCAUGGGCUGGCUCUCCUGCACCGUGUCCUGCUGCGGCAUGAAGUGCACCACCUGCGCUGGGGACGACCGCCGGGCCAAGGCCGGUAUCGCGCUCUCAGGCGGGGUUCUCUUCAUUCUCACGGGCCUGUGCGUUUUGAUUCCCGUUUCCUGGACUGCCAACACAGUUGUCCAGGAUUUCUACAACCCCAACGUGCCCCUGAUGCACAAACGAGAGCUGGGUCAGGCGAUUUAUCUGGGCUGGGCAGCUGCAGUCAUUCUUAUGAUCAGUGGGGCUGUGUUGAGCAGCACCUGCCCCCUCAUGGAGAGGAGUGGCAGAUAUCGCAGGGGUUACAUAGGUCGGAGCUUUGCUAAUUCACCCGCUUCGGCACCAGACCCCCCUAAACCUAUCACAACCAACAGUCUCCCAUUGAAGGAGUACGUAUAGGAGGGGGAGGAAGGAAUACCAGCAGGUAGAGAGGAGG